UUGGUUUCCUCCUUGACAAGUAGGUUUUAAACAAGUUAUGAAUUGGGCGAAUUUGUGCUCAUUAAACAUGGUAUAUUUGCUGUUACAGGUUAUGUUAUGGGUUUGAACCUUCGGGAUUUUGCUGGAGGUCGAGUGAGGAAGUUGAGGGAGUGGGAGGCGAGAAGGGGUGGUGCAAAGGGCAGUGUUUUGGAAGGGAGGAGUGACGGUGUGAGGAUGAUUCUAGGGAAUUUAACAAACCAAGUGGAUGAGCUGGGGAUGCAUGAGAUUGGGGUGGAGGGACAGUUAGGGAACACGAAGUCAUGGAAAUGUUCAGCUCGGGGGAAAGGAGUUCGAGGUAGUGACAGUUCUUCAACAGGUGAAACAGGGAAGCGAAAAGGGGUGAGGGAUGAGUUUGCUUCUACUGCAGAAGGGCAAGAGAAGAGAAGUAGGAAUACUAGUUUUGUUAUCGGUGAGUAUCAAGCUGAGAGGUCCUAUUAUGGUGGGGCUUCUCGUUUGAUUUAGAUGGUAGUUUCUUUUUCUUUUGUUUACAUACGAAUUCUAAAGCAAUAUGAGGUUUUGUAUGGGUCUCUUCAGAUUACUCAUCAUGGUUUCUCACAACCAUAAAAUAAUAGCCCUAAAUAAGUCCCUGUAGAGAAUUGAGAGCGAGCUUCUAUGACCCGUUUGUCCCCUUACAAAACCUUUUUUGGAUUGUUAUAAAUUCUCUUUCCAUUA